UUUGCUGGAGAGCGGGACAGGCACCCAGAGGGGGAAAUACAGGGCGAGGGAGUGCCAGGCAGGCAAAGGCUCCCGCGGACAGCACCAAAGCAGCCGAGCCGGCGGUCGGGGAGCAGACGAAGUCCAGCAUCAUGGGUUUGCUUGAGUGCUGUGCCAGAUGUCUGAUCGGGGCACCCUUUGCUUCGCUGGUUGCCACUGGCUUGUGCUUCUUCGGGGUAGCACUGUUUUGUGGCUGUGGGCACGAAGCCCUCACAGGCACAGAGCAGCUCAUUGAGACCUACUUCUCCAAAAACUACCAGGACUACGAGUAUCUCAUCGACGUCAUCCAUGCUUUUCAGUACGUCAUCUACGGCACGGCCUCCUUCUUCUUCCUCUACGGAGCCCUGCUGCUAGCUGAAGGCUUCUAUACCACCGGCGCCGUCCGGCAAAUCUUCGGGGACUACAGGACCACCAUCUGUGGCAAGGGCCUCAGCGCAACGGUAACUGGGGGCCCGAAAGGGAGGGGAGCGCGAGGCCCCCAGCGAGCUCACUCGUUGCAGCGGGUGUGUCAGUGUUUGGGAAAGUGGCUAGGACAUCCUGACAAGUUUGUGGGCAUUACCUACGUCCUGACCAUCAUCUGGCUCCUUGUCUUCGCCUGCUCUGCGGUGCCUGUCUACAUCUACUUUAACACUUGGACCACCUGCCAGUCCAUUGCCAACCCCAGCAAGACCUCGGCCAGCAUUGGCACCCUGUGUGCGGAUGCCAGGAUGUAUGGUGUUCUGCCCUGGAAUGCUUUCCCUGGCAAAGUGUGCGGCUCCAACCUGCUCUCCAUCUGCAAGACCAGUGAGUUCCAGAUGACUUUCCACCUCUUCAUCGCGGCCUUCGUGGGGGCAGCCGCCACACUGGUGUCACUGCUCACCUUCAUCAUCGCCGCCACGUACAACUUUGCCGUCCUCAAGCUGAUGGGCCGAGGCACCAAGUUCUAGCCUCCCAGCCAGACCAAGCGCCCUUCUUUGCUCUAACCCCGAGGCUUUAACACUGCAGACACCUGACACCAGGUCUCCUGCGUUAACUCUGCCUUCGCCGCUGACUCCCCUCCUCUUCCUCCCUCGCAUCCAUCAUCGUGCUGAGCGUGACCAGGAAGGAGAGCUUCCCACCAAUGGACACCUCUGCAUGCACUUUUCUCUCUCUGCUCAUCCAUAACCGGUUCGCUCUAGGGCCAAGCCCGUCAAAAGCCAGCCAGAGAAGAGGAGGGACUUACUCCAGUGUCCCGGUAUUGCCUAGGGAUGAGCAAAGGCCUUCGUGCUCCUGGAAGGAGGAAAUCCAUGUAGGUUGCUCCAUGAGUAGCAGGAGGCUACCUAGAGAGAAAAGGAAGUUGGCCCAGCCCUGGUACCAUUGCUAGAGACUCUCCUGGAGCUGUCUGCUGUCACCACUCGUGGAUGGAGAAUAAGAGAAGGAUUAUUUUUUUCCCCCUUAGCAAAGAAAGAUGAAUUUACCCUAAACUGCCUGCUGCAGCCAAGGCAAAGGGAGUUCAGGGCAAGGAUCUUCCCGCUGUGGAGAAGAGAGUGCUGACCCCAUUGCUGAUAAAGCCCUAACCCAGCUGCUCCUAUUAAAGCCUAAAGGAGUUUGGUGUCUCUGUAGACAAAGGGGACUCUCGGCUUUACGCUCCAGGCAUCAGAGAGGCAGCAGAUAGAUUUGACCGGAAGGGGACAUCUCUGUGCCAUGCCCUGGGAGUGCAAAGCCAGAGCCAUCCCUCCGCGGGCAGGGGAUGACCCUCUGGACUGUGGCCCUUCGCCCACCCCUGCCCUGCAAGCGCCGUGUUCGCCACAUGCUCUUGUCCCUUCAUAAUGGUGCUCUUCUCUGGGUGACGUCUGCUUCUCUAACCUCCACUGUGUCAGAGAGCUUCAUUUGUUCCUCACUCAUGUCAAAUGUAACCUUCCCUUGUCCUGUCCCCCUCUUCCCUUCACUUUGUUCUCUCCCAUGUUUCCUGCAAGUCAGGACAACUGUCUUGUUUCUGCCGAGGUGGGAAGGACUGGCAGCACCUUGCUUCCAGCUGAAACCCAUGAAGGAGUCCACCCUAAUGGCUGAAACCCAUGAAGGAGUCGAGAAGGGAAGGAAAAGUUGUGGUUUGGGGGUCACAGGGCAGAAACACAGCCCAUCUCUGCAAACUGGCUUCUUUCUGGUGCCAGUUCAGUCUUUUCCCAGGGAGGGAGGGGAACAGUGGGCCAAGGGGGUUGGUAGAGACAACCUCUCCCUUACGACUGCUUUCCACGGCAGCUGGAGGAAUGCCCUCUGGCUGGGUAGCAUGGAUCCAGCCAGACCUGCCAAAAUGCUGUUUCCAGCCCUUCCCACCAACUGGUAUUUUGUCUUCCCUGCCUCUCCUUACUGCCAACCUUUUUGUUUAUUUAUUGGAGAAGCCUACUGUAGCUCCAUCUUGCGUGGAUUUUUAUCUUUUCUUUGUUAACUUGGGCCUGCAUUACUCUCUUGGUUUUUAAGUGCCUGUUUCAGCAGAGGCAAGGAUAAAAGGAGCAGAUCUGCUGAGCAGAGCAUUGGAAGGAUCCUUGCCGCUGGGCAUGCUGAAAUGGGUUGGCCAGGCUACCAACGCACACAGGCUGGGGGGGGAGUGGGGACAGCACUCCAG